AACUGUCAUUAGUGUCAGUCAGGUAGAUUUCCAUUCAAGCAAGUAAAAAGUGAAUUCUGGUGAAUUCGUUUAUCAUCAAGCCUUUCAUGUUGUGUGAGGCAACUUCUUUGGUUUUAUCUCUAUAGUGAGAAAUGUCGUGCAGUGUUGAGUAAUUAAAUUACGCUAAUUGUAUUAUAAUUUGCUUUUGUAUGUUUACAUCUUGAAACGAAGUACAAUGCCUUUGGCCAAUUCCUCGGAUCCUUGGCGAAUGCAGAAUGUAGAUGGCACGCGUACUAACCCAGGGCAGCCUCCAAACAGUCUUCCAAUGGUUGUGGAGAAUUCAGCUGAGUCACGUCAGGCAUCUACAGCAGAGAGCCAAGAUUCAAAUGAGAUCAACUAUGAAAGAGAAGUGGAACUGCAAGAUGUGGUCAAGGAGGGCCAUGAGAAGGCGGACCCUUCUCAGUUUGAAUUGCUUAAAGUGCUUGGAGAAGGCUCCUUUGGGAAAGUGUUCCUUGUGAGAAAAGUUUCAGGUGCUGAUGCUGGCACUCUAUAUGCUAUGAAGGUACUUAAAAAAGCAACUUUAAAGGUGCGUGACAGAGAACGUACAAAAAUGGAGAGAAAUAUUCUAGUAGAAAUGGGACAUCCAUUUAUUGUUAAAUUACAUUAUGCAUUUCAAACUGCCGGGAAAUUAUACUUAAUAUUAGAUUUUCUUCGUGGCGGUGACUUAUUUUCUCGAUUGAGCAAAGAGGUCAUGUUCACUGAAGAAGAUGUCAAGUUUUACUUAGCUGAACUGGCAUUAGCAUUAGAACAUGUACACAAAUUGGGAAUUAUAUACAGGGAUCUCAAACCUGAGAAUAUAUUAUUAGAUGCUGAUGGUCACAUUGCUCUCACAGAUUUUGGUCUGUCUAAGUUGCCUCCAAGUAGUGAUAAAGCUUAUAGCUUUUGUGGUACCGUAGAGUACAUGGCCCCUGAGGUGGUGAACAGAAGAGGCCACACUUUUGCUGCUGACUGGUGGUCUUUUGGAGUACUUAUGUUUGAAAUGCUUACAGGAAAUUUACCUUUCCAUGGAUCUACAAGACAUGAAACAAUGACUCAAAUCCUGAAGGCUAAACUUGGAAUGCCCUCAAAUCUCAGUGAAGAGGCACAGUCCUUGCUCAGAGCAUUAUUUAAAAGGAAUCCACAAAACAGACUGGGCGCUGGACCCAAUGGCAUUGAAGAUAUCAAAUGCCAUGAGUUCUUUGCAAAUAUAGAUUGGGAUGCUUUGCUGAAAAAAGAGGUUGUGCCGCCGUUCCGUCCCGCGGUGUCCAGGGCAGACGACGCGUUCUACUUCGACUCGGAGUUCACCUGCCGCACGCCCCGGGACUCACCUGGGGUCCCCGCCUCGGCUAACGCUCACGAGUUGUUCAGGGGCUUCAGCUUCGUCGCUCCAUGUUUGCUGACCGAUGAUAAUAAAACACUCACUAACAACCAGAAUCAAAAUCACGCCGUCAACCAAAACGCCAAAACAUCAACCGAAGAGUUUUGGUCUGGAUUUGUUAAUAGAAACAAUUUCUUUGAUGAAUACAGGUUAAUGGGCGAAUUGGGCACAGGAUCGUUUUCGGUCGUGCGUCUUUGUGAACACAAGACGUCUAAAGUUCAAUAUGCAGUAAAGAUUAUGGAUAAGUUGCAGUACGAUCCUCGGGAAGAAAUUGAGAUACUAUUGAGAUACAGCCAACACCCUCACAUAAUAACGCUCCGCGGCGUUUACGAAGAAGGCGGUCGCAUACUAGCGGUCACGGAGCUGUGCCGCGGCGGGGAACUGCUCGAGCACAUCACGCAGCGGCGCUACCUGCCGGAGCACGAGGCGGCGCCUGUGCUGCGCAACGUGCUGCAAGCCGUGCACUACCUGCACAGGCACUGCGUCGUGCACAGAGACAUAAAACCAUCGAACAUUUUGUUCGCGACAUCAGAACGAAAACCUGAUGACAUCCGCUUAGUCGACUUUGGUCUCGCGAAGCAACUGCGCGCUGAGAAUGGUCUUUUGAUGACGCCAUGUUACACCGCCAACUUCGUUGCGCCUGAAGUUUUGAAACGAGCGGGCUAUGAUGCUGCGUGUGAUAUAUGGAGCUUAGGUGUGCUAGCAUACAUUAUGCUAUCCGGUAGGACGCCAUUCGCUUCGACAGGGGACGACACCCCUGAAGCUAUAUUAGCUAGGAUCGAAUCUGGAAAGGUGGAGCUGUCGAGCGGCGUGUGGCGCGGCGUGUCGGGCGAGGCGCGCGGCUGCGUGCGGCGCAUGCUGCAGCUGGAGCCGGCGCUGCGGCCGCGCGCCGCCGACCUGCUGCGCGAGCCCUGGCUGCAGCCCGGCCAGCCCGCGCCCGCGCCCGCCGCGCCGCUGCCCGACGCCGACGCGCCGCCGCCCGCCGCCGACCUGCGCCGCGCCGUCGACCUCACCUUCCAGGCCAUGACAGCGUCCCCCCUGACCCCGCAAGUCCUCGGUCCGGUGUCGCAGUCCACUCUCGCGCAGCGUCGCAGCAAGCCGCAGCGUCGAUUCCCACCUACACAACUUUAGACACGCAGGUAUACGAGUAUCUUAAGUGACACAAGGCAAGAAACAUUCGAGCCAACCGACGAGUUCGCAAAUGAAUCUAUUGUGGAUCUCACAUAUCCACUUGAAGAUUUCGUGUCAACGACAGACGUUUUUCAGAACGUCAAAAUGAAACAAAUAUUGAACUAUGACUAAUUAUUAUUGACUAAUUGCGAUAGCGAUUUGCCUGAUUUAUCGAAUAAAUGACACAAAUUAACUACUUUGUAAGAAUAUUGAAUUUAAUAUGCCGAAAAUUAAGUUAUAAAAACAUCAUGUGAUCGUCAAAACAUUUACGUCGAAUUAUGUCUUUAAAGAAAAAUGUUUCAUAUGGGAUAAGCAAUUUUUGUUUAUCAAAAAUAUUAAUAUAUUGUAUGCAUUUCGAACAAAUCUAAUUUAUUAACAUUCCAUUUUCGCAUUCAAUUAUGUUAUACAAAAAUAUGUGAAUGUUAGGAAAAUAUGUAUAUGUGAGUGGUCUUCCUUCAAAAUGAUUACAUAAUAUAAACGAUGAACAUUAAAUUUUUAAGCAUGAGUUGCUUGCCCACCUUAUUACUUUUUGUAGUCCUAUCUGUGCCAUUAGAAUUAAAUCAAACUUAAUAUGUUUUACUAUGAUAUAACUUGUAUGUUCUAUUGAAAGUGCAAUAUAUUUUUUACAUGUCACAAAAGUACCACCUAUAAUACAAAUGAAUAUAUUUUUGUGAAUAGAUUUAUUUUUAUACAGUAUUACUCCCUGGACCUAUCUGUCUAUUAAGUAUUGUCUUUACUCUUUCUAUCUUAUUUUAUCUUCUUUAAACAAGGUAUAAUUUAUAUUUUUGUAAUAUUAUCCAUUAGGCUUAAGAAUUAAUAUUAAGAAGUGUAUUAUCACAAUACAUAAUAAAUACAAGAGUUCAUAUUUUCGUUUAAAUAUCUAUCUAUGAAAAUGUUUACUCUCAAAUAAAAUUAUUAUAGUAAUUUUACGCAUAAUACGACCGUAUUUUAUUUAAAAGACUAAUAAUUGUGUUACUUACUGUUAUUUAGAAAUUCAUAUUAGUAUAUUUUGUAAAGAAAUAAUUACUUCAAAAAAAUUGUCAAUGGAUACCCAUGUCAAUGUAAUUAACGUAUCACAAUAUUUAGCAAUUCCUUUCUUUCAUAUCGCUAAGGCCUAAAUUGCUCAGAGAUUAGAUAAAUUACGGCAUUUACCACAAUUAAUUAAUAAAUUAUAUAUUUUAUACAAUUACAAUACAAUAAUGGUAAUGAUUAUUUAUACAAAUUAAUUGGUCAAUAUUGUAGGUUUAGUAAAUACAUAAAAUUAUAAAUUGAUUAUUUUAUUAGUUAAAAAUAUGUCUAUGUGUAUAAUAAGAAUUAUAAUAUGUUUGUGCUUAAUUAAAAUGUAUAUGUACCAGACUACAACGCCAACUGUAUUGUGGAUUAGAAUUCCGCGGAGGACUAAUGUUUGUGUGAUGAGCACUUGCAUUAAUUACAUGUAAUCCAUGAUGUUUGUAUUAUGUAUAGUACCUAUUUAAGUAUGUUUAUUAUCGGUUAUCUAGUCGCCAAAGUAAAAGCUUUGCUUAGUUUGGGGCUAGGUGAUUGGUGUGAUGAUUGGGACAAAUUAUAGGUAAAACUAUAUUUUGAGUAGCACUAUAACUACCAA